AUGAGGCCCCGCGACGCCUGGUGCUGGGUGGCCAUGCUGCUCCUCGCCCUCUUCAGCGACGGUGCCGGCGGCCGCCGCGGCGCUGGUGGAAGAACCGGGGGCCGAGGAGGUGUCGGUGGCACUGGGGGCCUCCGCGGGGGCUUUCGGGCCAUGUCCCGCAGCGCCGGCCCCCCGGGCCGCGGCUCCAAGGUGGCGGGGGCCAUCGCGGCCGGCGCCGCCGCGGGGUACGGUAUGGGGCUCUUGGGGCGCCCGCGGCCGUCCCGCUUGGGUCACGGCGUCCCUGUGGCGCGGCAGCCCCCACCGGCGGGUGGUUUUCACGCCCCGAGUUGGCCGGACAUGGGUGGCAAGCGGGGCCCCCCAAACCGAGCCGCUGGGGAUGGACGCGGUGGUGUCGGCCCCGCUUUGCUACUGGCACCCGCCGUCUGCUUCGUCACCCACGGGCUGCAGCGCUGA